AUGUAUGCUGUGACUAUUAGUGAUAACGGUGACUGUUACCGGUGUUUCCCGCCCGACCCGAGCAUUGGUACUGUUGCGCUAGGUGCUUGUGAGGCUGCUGCUCUAGGUGCCAGUGCGUUUGCGCUCUCAGGUACUGAUGAGGAUGCGCUCUCAGGUACUGCGUCGGCUUCGACCUCCCUCACCUUCACACUUGACUCAGGGGCUUCUCGCUCCUUCUUUCGAGACCGCACCACACUCACGCCGCUUGGUUGGCCGGUUGCAGUCUCCCUGGCUGACCCCUCUGGGGGCCGUGUCCUCUCUCACUUCUCCACUGUCCUCCCGUGUCCGGCUGCCCCCUCGGGCACCCUGUCUAGUCUUUACCUCCCCUCGUUCUCGACGAACUUGGUGAGUGGUGCUGACCUGCAGGAUGGGGGGGUUCACCUGUUUACUCCUGCGAGUCAGCGAGUUACCCACUGCUCGGACGCCCGUACAGGCCGACACCUGGCCACGUUUUCGCGUCGCCCAGGGUCGAGUCUCUACACCCUGACCAAUGAGUCUCCUCCUGUCCCUGCGUCUGGCCAGGUAGCUGCGUCGGGUCAGGUGUUUGCUGCUGCGUCCAGGUCUGGUCCUGAGUCUGCCCCCUGCUCGUGUCGCCUCCUGUCUCACGAGACUCUCCUGUGGCACCACCGUCUUGGCCACCCCUCCUUGCCUCGUCUUCGGGGCAUGGCUUCCCGUGUCCUUGUCUCUGGUCUCCCCCGGUCUCUCCCUCCCCUUCCUUCGGGGCCAGGACCUUCAUGUGUCCCCUGUGUCGAGGGGCGCCUCCGGCCUGCCCCACACUCCUCCCAAUUUCCCCCGACAGAGGCUCCUCUGCAGACGCUCCACAUGGACGUGUGGGGCUCGGCCCGCGUCCGUGGACAGGGUCACGAGCGCUACUUCCUGCUGGUGGUUGACGACUACUCGCGUUACACCACAGUCUUCCCCUUGCGCAGCAAGGGUGAUGUCUAUGAGGUGUUGAUCGACUGGAUCCACGCAGCUCGUCUCCAGCUCAGGAGGAGCUUCGGCUUGGACUUUCCUGUCCUUCGUCUGCACUCUGACCGAGGUGGAGAGUUCUCCUCUGGCCUUUUGCGAGCCUACUGUCGUACACGAGGCAUCCGCCAGACCUUUACGCUUUCGGACUCUCCACAACAAAAUGGGAUUGCUGAGCGCCGCAUUGGCAUGGUCAUGGACGUCGCUCGUACGUCCAUGAUGCAUGCGGCUGCCCCCCAUUUUCUGUGGCCGUUUGCGGUUCGGUACGCCGCGCAUCAGAUCAACCUCCACCCCAGGGUCUCUCGGCCGGAGACCUCCCCAGCUCUGCUGUGGACGGGGAAGGUCGGCGAUGUGUUGGCGUUCCGUGUCUGGGGAUCUCGGGCGUUUGUCUGCGACUUGUCUGCGGACAAGCUGUCCCCUCGUGCUGCUCCCUGUGUCUUCCUAGGCUUCCCCCCUGACGCCCCGGGGUGGCAGUUCUACCACCCCUCCUCUCGUCGUGUUCUGUCCUCCCAGGACGUCACGUUCGACGAGUCAGUCCCCUUCUACCACCUCUUCCCCUACCGCACUCCUUCCCUCCCCCCGCCACCGCACUUCCUUGUGCCAGGUCCCCCCAAGGUAGACCCCCUUCCCCCUCAGGGUCCUGCCCCUUUAGGUGUGUCCCAGGUAGACUCAGUCGAGCCGGUCGAGGUUGCUGGUGACUCUGGUAUUGCUACGGGUGCUGAGCCUGGGGGUGCUGACUCUGGAGGUGCGGCGCGCGUGGGCGCUGAGCCUGGGGGUGCUGCGCGUGGGGGUACUGCGACUGGGGGUGCUGAGCCUUGGGGUGCUGAGCCAGGGAGUGCUGAGUCUGGGGGUGCUCAGCUUGGGGGUGCUGCGACUGGGGGUGCUGAGCCUGGGGGCUCUCCGGGUGCUUCAUCUCGGCGGGAGCCACUCUCUCCACAGAAGCUGCGCGAGUGGUUUGCUCGCCGCAGGAGGCGUCCUGCUGGAGAUGGAGCUUCUUUGGCCGCUGAGGGUACUUGUGCCGCCGGUCCCGGGGCUCCUGGGCCUUCGGGUCCGCCUGGCGCUGGAGAUACUGAGGGUGUUGGUGCUGAGACUGCUGCUGUCCUUCCUGGCGGUGGUCCUGCUGCGGGUGCUGCUGGUGCUGCUGGAGGUCCUGCAGCUGGAGGUGCUGUUGGCGCUGGUGCUGCCGCUGAGGGUGCUGGUGCUUUCCCUGCUGUGUGUGGAGUUGCCGCGCGGCCUCGGCCGUACUUCGUUCUGCUCCUGCAGCAGGUUCUUGGUCUUCCUCCUCCUGUAGAGUGUCCACCGCUUGUCCAGUCACAGUCACAGUUAGCGCCCGCCUCCCCUCUUCCUGCUUCCUCUCCCUACACUGGUCCUACUGGAGGUCUUGCUGAGCAUCGUGAGCCUUCGUCUCGUCCCGCGUCACUUGGUCGUGCUGCUCGUGCUAGUGGUCGCAAGUCGCGUCAGCGUCCUCCUCCUAUCCCGAGCACCCACCGGAUGUCUCUGCGUCCGUCCACUGCUCCUCUGCGUGCCCCUUUGCCUUCUCCUCCUGAGUCCUCUCUUCCUGCACUUGCCGACCCAGAGUCAGACUCUCUCCGUACUGCCAAUCCUACUAUCACGCGUCUCCUUGCUACUGUCGUCACUGACCCCUCUUUUGAGUCCACUGCUGCGUUCGCGCUUGUUGCUGAGCUCGUCGACUUUGCUGCUCGCUGUCGUCUAGACUACGCUGCCAGUCUUGUUGCUGAGUCUGCGUCUGUCUGUCCUCCGUCCGUCGGGGGUGAGUGUGCUCUUGGCACGGACGUCAUUGAGGACAGGCAGGAGGAGUUCCAGUGUCUGGCUGCUGCUUCACCUCAUCUCGCGUCCGUACUACUUGCCCCUGAGGGAGACCCAGAUGCACUAGACAUCUCGACUUCGCGCUCUUACGCGCAGGCCAUAGAGGGUCCCUACUCCUCUCACUGGCAGGCAGCUAUGGAUGCAGAGAUGGCUUCCUGGAAGUCCACAAGCACCUACGUUGACGCAGUUCCCCCUCCUGGGGCGAACAUCGUCAGUGGCAUGUGGAUCUUCAGGGUGAAGCGGCCGCCGGGCUCUCCACCUGUCUUCAAGGCGCGGUACGUGGCUCGUGGCUUCAGUCAGCGGCAAGGAGUUGACUACUUUCAGACCUUCUCUCCCACCCCGAAGAUGACCACUCUUCGGGUGCUGCUGCACAUAGCCGCUCAGCGCAACUACGAGCUCCACUCUCUUGACUUCAGCAUUGCUUUCUUGCAGGGUAGCCUGCACGAGGAGAUCUGGCUGCGCCGUCCACCUGGCUUCACUGGGACUUUCCCUCCUGGCACCCAGUGGAGCCUCCGACGGCCAGUCUUUGGUCUCCGCCAGGCACCGCGUGAGUGGCACGACACACUGAGGACUACGCUUGCGGCUCUUGGGUUUGCUCUCUCUACUGCUAACCUGUCGUUGUUUCUGCGCACCGACACUUCUCUGCAGCCGUUCUACAUCCUCGUGUACGUUGACGACUUGGUCUUUGCCACAGCGGACACUGCUGGACUCGCCUACGUGAAGUCGGAGCUGCAGAAGAGACACACGUGCACAGACCUGGAUGAACUGCGCAGCUACCUUGGCUUGCAGAUCACUUGGGACAGAGCACGCCACACCAUUACCCUGACUCAGUCACACAUGGUGCAGUAG